AUGCUUGAAGUAGUUGCAGUUGUUGUAGAUUUUGAUGAUGUGGAGGAUUUCGUUGAAGUAGUUACGGUUGUUGUGGACCUCGACGAUGUGGAGGAUUUCGUUGAAGUAGUUAUAGUUGUUGUAGACUUUGAAGACGUGGAAGAUUUUGUUGAAGUAGUUACGGUUGUUGUAGAUUUUGAUGAUGUGGAGGAUUUUGUUGAAGUAGUCACGGUGGUUGUGGACCUCGACGAUGUGGAGGAUUUUGUUGACGUAGUAACGGUUGUUGUAGACAUUGAAGAUGUGGAAGACAUGGUUGAAGUAGUUACGGUUGUUGUCGACCUCGACGAUGUGGAGGAUUUCGUUGAAGUAGUUACGGUUGUUGUAGAUUUUGAUGAUGUGGAAGAUAUGCUUGAAGUAGUUAUAGUUGUUGUAGAUUUUGAUGAUGUGGAAGACAUGCUUGAAGUAGUUGCAGUUGUUGUAGAUUUUGAUGAUGUGGAGGAUUUCGUUGAAGUA